GCUGCGUACACGCCAACUUGGUCCUUCGUGAGAAGUUGUUUUGAAGCGUCUGGUGUGUAGCAGCGCUCAAACACACACAGUUCUGGAAAGGAAUAUCGGCUUUAAACUUACAUUUCUCUAACAAGAAGUCCAGCCAGGGUGUCUUCAUCAUCGAUCAGCUCAUUGCUGUGCCCUUCGGCCAGCAUUUCAAAUGAACAUGUCCCUUGCACAGAGAGUCCUCCUGACAUGGAUCUUCACCCUCAUCUUCCUCAUCAUGCUGGUCCUCAAGUUGGACCGGAAGAUCGACUGGAGCUGGUUCCUCAUUUUCCUUCCCAUCUGGACCUUCGAUCUGAUCCUGCUCCUCAUGCUCAUUGUCAAAAUGGCCGGUCGAUGCAAACCAGGCUUCGACCCUCGCAAUGGAGCGGAGAACUUGAAGAAGCGUGUUUGGUACCUUAUCGCCAUGCUGCUAAAACUGGCCUUCUGUCUGACGCUCUGUGCCAAAUUAGAAAGCCUAAUGGACAUCAUGGUGAGCUCGGUGUGCAUUCCUUUAUGGGGUUUGCUCAUCGGUGCUAUGGUGGAACUGGGAUUCAACGUUUUUCACUUCAGAAGAGACUGAACUCGGGAACGGUAUUAUCUGGAAGCCUGUAUUUUUCAGGAGUUAAAUCAUCUUGAAAGUAGUUUUUAUUCAUGAAAAAGGGGAUAUAUAAUGGACAAGAAUGUACAGCUGUGUAAAACUCUUUAACAGGAACUGCUUGUUUCUUUCAGGCACAGGAAGUGAAGCUGAAUAUUCUGCGUUUUGAUGUUGACAGGGAGGCAGGGAGGUUUACAAUUUUUGGCUCAGUGGUGAGUUUACACUCAGGUGACAGAAAUGACUGAUUGUUGAGCUCAAUAUUUGUUGCGUUUAGGUUAAACACAGAUCAAUCAAAAAAGACAGUUGAUGUGCUGCGUGCAAACACACUGUUUGUGUUUGUUUUUUGUCCUAAAUAGUACUGUAACAAGACAUGGUUUAUUAGCAGGAGAAACGUAUGUUCUAGAAUGAUGGUGUAUAUAUUUACAAAUCUCUCUUUAUCGUAUAUUUAUGUUUUGCGUUGCAGAACUUGCAUAAUAUGUUUACAAUAUUUGUUUUCGUCUUGUACAGAGUGUGUAAAUAUUAAUAGUAUUAACAAGAAAAUGAAUGAAUGAUAAUAAUAAUAAAAUAAACAACAACA